AUGCAAAUUUCUCACACUGAGGACGAGGUUCCUCAUUUUGAGGACAAGGUUCCUCACUCUGAGGAGAAGGUUCCUCACUCUGAGGACAAAGUUCCUGACUCUGAGGACAAGGUUCCUCAGUCUGAGAACAAGGUUCCUCACUCUGUGGACAAGGUUCCUCACUCUGCGGAAUGUGUUCCUCAUUCUGAGGACAAGGUUUCCCGCUCUGAGAACAAGGUUCCUCACUCUGAGGACAAGGUUCCUCACUCUGAGGACAAGGUUCCUCAUUAUGAGGAACAGGUUCCUCACUUUGAGGACAAGGUUCCUAUAUCUGAGGACAAGUUUCCUCAUUCUGAGGACAAGGUUCCUCACUCUGAAGGCAGGUUCCUUACUCAGAGGACAAGGUUCCUGACACUGAGGACAAGGCUCCUCAGUCUGAGGACAAGGUUCUUCACUCUGAAGGCAGGUUAAUCACGCUGAGGAAGAGUUUCCUCACUCUGAGGACAAGGUUUCUCACACUGAGAACAAGGUUCCUCACAUUGAGGAGACGGUCCCACACUCUGACACCAAGGUUCCUCUCUCUGAGAACAAAGUUCUUCACUCUGAGGACAAGGUUUGUCACUCUGAGAACAAGGCUCCUCCCUCUCAGGACAAGGUUGCUCACUCCGAAGGCAGGUUCCUCACUGUGAGGACAAAGUUCCUCACUCUGACUACAAGGUUCCUCACACUGAGGACAAGGUUCCUCACUCUGAGGACAAAGCUUCCUCACACUGAGGGCAAAGUUGCUCUCUCUGUGAACAAGGUUGCUCGCUCUGAGGACAAGGUUCAUCACUCUGAGGACAAGGUUCCUCACACUGAGAACAAAGUUCCUCACUCUGAGAACAAAAUUACUCACUCCGAGGACAAGGUUCCUCAUUCUGAGGACAAGGUUCCUCACUCUGAAGGCAGGUUACUCAAUGUAAAAUCAAUGUUCCUCACUCUGACGGCAAGGUUCCUCAGUCUGAGCAGAAUUUCCUCACUCUCAGGACAAGGUUCCACACUCUGAGGAAAAGGUUCCUCACUCUGAAGUCAGGUUCCUCACACUGAGGACAAGGUUCCUCACCCUGAGUACAAGGUUUCUCACUCUGAAGGCAGGUUCCACACUCUGAGGACAAGGUUCCUCUUUCUGAGGACAAGGUUCCACACUUUGAGAACUAGGUCCUCACUCUGAAGUCAGGUUCCUCACAUUGGGGACAAGGUUCCUCACUCUGAGGACAAGGAUCCUCAAUCUGAAGGCAUGUUCUUAAGUCUGAGGAGAAGGUUAACGUUCCUCAGUCCGAGGACAAGGUACCUCACUCUGAAGGGAAAUUCCUCACACUGAGGACGAGGUUCCUCACUGUGAGGACAAGGUGUCUCACUCUGACUACAAGGUUCCUCACACUGAGGACAAGGUUCCUCACUCUGAGAACAAGGUUCCUCACUUUGGGACAAAGGCUGCUCACACUGAGGACAAGGUUCCUCGCACUGAGGACAAAGUUCCUCACUCUGAAAACAAGGUUCCUCACUCUGAGGCAAGUGUCAUCACUCUGAGGACAAGGUUCCUUACACUGAGGACAAGGUUCCUCACUCUGAGAAAAAGGUUCCUCACUCUGAGGACAAGGUUCCCCAUUCUGAGGACAAGGUUCCUCACACUCAGGAGAAGGUUCCUCACUCUGAGGACAAGGUUCCUCACUCUGAGGACAAGGUUCCUCACUCUGAGGACAAGGUUCCUCACUCUCAGUACAAGGUUCCUCACUCUGAGUACAAGGUGCCAGAAUCUGAGGACAAGGUUCCUCAUUCUGAAGUCAGGUUCCUCACACUGA